AUGCUCACAGGAGUCUCGGGGCAGUGUGCCACCGGUGAGAUAGUGAAAAAUCCUAGCGCGGAAUUCUUCUCCCUUAUUUCCAGCACUAGAACGCGCUCCCACCCAUCAGACGUCUACUUGUAUACAAGCUUCAUUCUCGCCCCUUUCAAGCUCAGUCUUCACCGCGCGUAUUGUAGUAGUAGGCGCAGUCAAGAAAGCCCAACAGGCGGAACAUCGACUUGUCAGCCAAGUGUGUCUCGCAGUCUCUGUAUCGAGUCACUUUUGGAUCGGUGGCUUCACACAGCCCGCUUGCAUGACAGCCAUAAGCUUGUAUCAUUGGAGACUGCGCCAUCAAGGGCUGCACCUGGGUUAAGCAAUACUGUCGCCUAUCGCUAG